AUGGUCGCGCUUGGAGGCCUUGUAUCGCCAGAUGGUGAUGGGUGGGAUGCAAUCUACGGGCGCUGCAAGGUGGUGUUCCCGCACGGCGGCAUGCAGCACUCGGUCCGGGAGCUGGUGUCGAGAGAGGUGGCGGCCCUGGUGUGUGAUGCCCUAGCAGUGAAACAGGUGGUGGAUGCAGGGCGGCUGGACCUCAGCUUGCUGUCCCUGCGCUCGCAGCAGCACAGCCCCCUCAGGCUGAGCGAGGGCGCCAGCCGCGUGAUUCGCGGCGCCAGCUUCCAGCAACUGGUGCAGCAGCUGCAGGACUGCGCCACGCCAGCGGUGCAGCGCUGGGAGACCUUCCGCACGCUUGACUCUGCUGUGCGCACGGCUGCCUCCCUGGGCCACACCUGUGCGCUCCAGAUCUUGCUGCUGCUAGACCCGUCGGCUGCGGCAGCCACCAACGUCGGCAGCCAGUCCCCGCUGCAUGUGGCUGCCCACUACGGACAUGCGGCGGCGGCGCAGCUGCUGCUGGCGGCCGCGCCGCGCACCGCCUCGGCCACAGACUGCCGCGGCUGGACCCCGCUGCACGCCUGCGCCUGCUACGGCAGCGUGGGGGUCGCGCGGCUGCUCCUGGCAGCAGCUCCCGGCACGGCUGCGGCUGUGGAUAGGCGUGGCUGGACGCCCCUGCAUGCGGCGGUGCGGCACGGCCACAGCGCGGCGGUGCGGCUCCUCCUGGCAGCAGCGGUGCAGGACUCGGCAGGGCAGACCCCGCUGCAGCUGGCCCUCUCGUCUGACAAGGGGCAGGACACUCUGGCAGAAUUCAUCAUCGCCCGCCACCAACUGACAGAAGAGGAGUGGGCGGCGGUGCCGGCGCCCUGCCCAGGCCUGGCGCGAGCGCUUCCCGCUGCGCUGGAGCAGUCGGAGGCGCAGGCACGGCGCCUGAUGCGCCACCUGCCGCCAUGCCAUGUGCAGCGCCUGCGCACCUUUGCGCUGUGCCUGGCCAGGCAGCAGCAGCGGGUGGGCGUGCCGCUGCCGCCCUCCGUCUUGGGCGCGCUGCUGGCGCGGUCGGUUGCGGCUUGA